CUGCAAAUACGCGCUGCGAUAAUCGUAAAACAUGCAAAAUUCCGAUUUUACCGAUCAAUCGCAAGAUAAAAAAAAAACACGCUUUAUUUUCGUAAUACUCACUCCCAUAGCAAUGAACCACGACGCGACAAAGAGUCCUUUUAAACCAUCUGUAGAACCGUCUCACUUUUGUGGUCAAAAGGCUGUACAGACGAGGAAAUGAUAUAUCAAUUUUUCAAAUUUUGUUCUGUCAACCAGUUAUUAAAGAGAGAUUUUAGGCUGGAUAAGUGACCAAAGCAAUUAUUCACAUGAAAAAGUGCUUCUGUGAAUUAUUGCCACGAAACAGUCCUAAUCAUUAAUCUUCAAUUCCACUUCAACUCAAACUAGGCGAUGACCACAAAAAGGGAAUUUUAUCGCACCGCAAACCCACAUUCGCGUGACACAUAUAAUAUCAAUGCAUCUGGGCAACGAUGACGACGAGUGCUCUUGCUUUAAUUUAUCUCGGUUUCCAGAAUUCAAUUCGAUAGAACAGAACGCACAAACCGUCGUCGGCGUCGUGUCGAUCUGACCAAGCUCUCCAGUAGUGUCCGAGCGCAGUGUGGGUCAAGAGCUCCGAAAAGCCACAUACUCGAUAGCGCCCAUCGAGGACCAGACUGUGUGUGAAUGUGUCUUAUAUUUGGUAUCAUGUGAUAACAACAGAGAGCAAUGGCGCUCGGUCGGAUUGUGGCAAUACAAAUUCAAGUUGCAAGUUAAUACCUACAAUGAUGCUGCAAGAGAACUGAGAGGGAUUGAAGUGACUCUCGCAGGAGAAACAGUGUUUUCGUUUUGCAUCGUGCAGUUGCGGUUAAAAUUUGUGCAAUGGGGGGCUCCCGAAAAUAGUGCAUGGUUAAGAUUGCAAAUUGAGCAAACGUAUGCAUUACUGCAGUUGAAAGAUAAGACCACGAGUUCACAAAUUUAUAUGGCUGACUAAAAAUAUAACAACACGUAUUGAUGAGAAGAAAACACAAUAACUGGGUAUAAAAGCUAGGUCAAUUCAAUCUGGAAGUUAUACAUCGACAGUUCGGGAAAGUAGCAGCACUCAAACGUCCACAGCGUUCUUAUUGAGCAACAAUGGCGUCAGGAAGUCAAAAACUACUUGCACUGCUGCAACGGCCAUUGGAGCCCACCUUCUAUCCGAAGGAUGAUGGCAAGACGCUGAUCGAUCUACCUGAAAACUACCUCACCGACCGUUAUCGUCCGAUUGGCGAGAACCUCCAGAGCAGAUUCAGUAACGACGCCGACACCCGAAUUCCGGUACGCAAUGUUGGAACUCCAAAUAUCGCCUUCGCAGAGGCCAUACCACGGCGAGGAGGAUUUUCUCUAUUCAACGAAAAACAUCGGAAAAUUGCGGGCGAUUUGAUUGCGCUGUUCCUGAGACAACCAGAUGUCGAUACGCUGAUGGCUGUGGGUUCGUAUGCACGUGAUCGCCUAAACCCGAUGCUGUUCCAGUAUGCAUUGUCCGUGGCCAUCCAGAACAGACCAGACACGAGGGACGUCAACAUUCCAUCGCUGCUGCAGUUGUUCCCAGACUCAUUCGUAGAUCCCACAACAUUCCCCAGGGCUCGGGAAGAAGGCUCGGUGGUUCAACAGGCGGAACGAAUGAUCGUAAAUAUUGAAAUGAACUUCACCGCUUCGGAUCGUGAAGAGGAACAGCGGUUGGCAUUCUUCCGUGAGGAUAUUGGUGUGAAUCUGCACCAUUGGCACUGGCAUUUGGUGUAUCCAGGAGAUGGACCCGAUCAGGUUGUCCGAAAGGAUCGUCGCGGCGAGUUGUUUUACUACAUGCACCAACAGCUGAUUGCUCGUUACAAUGUGGAACGUUUUUGUGCUCGCUUGGGCCGAGUUCGACCGUUGACUAAUCUACGAGUUCCAAUUCCCGAGGGCUAUUUCCCAAAGAUCAUCAGAAGUGUUAACAAUCGUGCUUUUCCACCUCGUCCUCAAAACCAGGUUUUGACCGAUGUCAACAGAGUUGACGAUGAUGUGAUUUUCACAGUUACAGAUUUGGAAAAUUGGGAAAAACGUAUUUCAGAUAGUAUCGAUGCUGGCUUUGUAAUGGGGGCGAAUGGUCAACGGAUUCCACUAACGGAAGAAACCGGAACCGAUAUUCUUGGAAACAUUAUGGAACCUUCCUCGCUUUCGGUCAACCGUCAGUACUACGGAAGUUAUCACGGAAAUUUGCACAACAUUAUUGCAUACAGCCAUGAUCCUGAAGGUCGUUUCUUGGAAGGAUACGGAGUGGUUGGAGAGUUCCAAACAGCCAUGAGAGAUCCAACGUUCUACCGUCUGCACGCUCAAGUCGAUAACAUGUUCCAUCGCCACAAAAACACCCUGCAACCUUAUCCAGCCAACCAACUCAACUACAAUGGUGUUCAAAUUCAGUCAUUUGGUGUUCAGCUGAACCGUGCUAACGCUCCGCCAAAUGUACUUCUGACAUACUGGCAACGCUCGCAAAUUGAUUUAGCCACCGGAAUGGACUUCGGCCCCCAAGGAAAUGUGUUUGCAGCGUUUACCCAUCUGCAGCACGCGCCAUUCACUUUCCGUUUGACGGUCAACAAUACUGGAGCUAGACGUCGUGGAACUUGCCGAAUCUUCCUUGGUCCGAAGACUGACGAGCGCAACAUAGCCCUCACUUUCCAGGAACAACGCAUUCUCAUGAUUGAAUUGGACAAGUGGACUGUUACAUUGCAACCUGGAGCCAACACGAUCGUCCGUCGUUCGGAACAAUCCAGCGUUACCAUUCCAUACGAACGAACAUUCCGUUCGGCGGCUCCAUCCAAUCAAUCCGGCACCGAAGUAUACCGCUUCUGCAACUGUGGAUGGCCAUCUCAUCUGUUGAUCCCUAAGGGCACUCCAGAGGGAAUGCCCUUCGAUCUGUUUGCGAUGGUUUCGGACUACACGGGCGAUACGGUCAACCAGGAGUUUGAUGAAAACGUCGACUGCAACGAUUCGCACUCGUUCUGUGGCCUUCGAGAUCGUCUGUACCCGGAUCGUCGUCCAAUGGGUUAUCCGUUCGAUCGCCGUGCUCCAAAUGCUAUUCGUACCUUGCAGGACUUCACUCGUCCGAACAGCAACAUGGCUCUUGCGAACGUGCAGGUCCGUUUCACUAACACUGUUAUAGCCCGAAAAUCGCUCAACAUGACCGACUAUAGAACUGGAUUCCUGUGCCUGAUGAGCCGCCCUCGGGAACCUCUGUUCUAUCCCAAAUAUGGAGGUCAAACGUUCAUGGUUCUUCCGGAGCAUUUCUACACCGAUCGCUACCGACCACUCGCUCCAAUGAUUCACGAGCGCUUUGGAUCUACUGCUCCGAAUCAUGUGGUGGUACAACCGAUUGAUCCUCCGGAUUUCACCUAUGCCAUGGAAAUUCCCCGCAAUGGCAACUACAACCAGUUCAGCCCGAAACAUCGGAACAUCGCCGGCAAGUUGAUACAGGACUUCAUGAACGCUCCGGAUCCCGAGGUCUUGCUCUCGAUGGCAUCGUAUGCGAGAGACCGACUGAACCCGUUGAUGUUCCAAUAUGCGUUGACGAUCUCGCUGCUCCAUAGGAAAGAUACUCAGGAUGUCCCUGUUCUUUCGCUACUGGAAACGUUCCCAAAGCGAUUCGUCGAUCCUCUACUGUUUCCGCAGUUGGAGGAAGAAGGGUUCGUGGUCGAUCAACCGCAGCGAGUGGCCAUCGAAAUUCCCAUGGUGUACACCGCAUCUGAAGAAUUGGAGGAGCAACGGUUGGCCUAUUUCCGGGAAGACAUUGGAAUCAAUCUGCACCAUUGGCACUGGCACGUCAUCUACCCAAUGGAGGGCCCACUAGAAAUCGUUCGCAAGGAUCGACGCGGUGAACUAUUCUACUACAUGCAUCGUCAGAUAUUGGUGCGUUACAUCGCGGAACGGUUCUGCCAUUUGAUGCCGGCUCCAACGUCACUCGAUAAUCUGCGAGAACCGAUUCCGGAGGCGUAUUACCCAAAGAUAUUGAACAGCGCUUUGAACAGAACAUACUCGGGUAGACACGAGAAUGCCGUUAUGACUCACGUGAAUAGACCAGAAGAUGAGGAUUCGGUGGCAACCGUAUUGGAAAUUGAAAACUGGAUUACCCGAUUCAAAGAUGCCGUCGCUCAUGGAUACGUUGUUGGGGAGGAUGGAGCUCGCGUUCAUCUAGAAGAUUCAACCGGUAUCGAUAUUCUGGGCAAUGUAAUGGAGAAUUCCCUUCUGUCACCUAAUAUCCCACACUAUGGAAACAUUCACUCGAUGCUACAUUCACUGAUCGGGUUUGUCCACGACCCGGAUAAUAAAUACCUCGAAGGAGUUGGAGUAAUUGGUGACAUUGCAACAUCCAUACGCGACCCCAUCUUUUAUCGAUUGCAUACCUUUGUGGACGAUCUAUUUGAAGACUACAAGAAGAAACUGGCCCCAUACACAACCAAAGAGCUUGGCUACCCAGGAGUAACGAUUGAGGAUGUUUCUGUACAAGACGUCAAUGGGAAAGCCGCAGUGAAUCGUUUGCUAACUUUCUGGCAACGAUCGCAAGUGGAUCUUGGAGUUGGCCUGGAUUUUGGACCUUCCGGGCAUGUGCUGGCUACUUUCACACACUUGCAGCAUGCUCCGUUUGUCUACCGGAUCAACGUGAUGAACGAUGCCCAACGGGUCCGCCGAGGAACCGUUAGAAUCUUCUUGGCUCCAAUCUACGACGGGUCCGGAAAACCUCUACCAUUCAAUCAACAACGGCGUAACGUCAUUGAAUUAGAUAAGUUUACAGUAACUUUGACACCCGGCAUGAACAACAUUAUUCGACGGUCGGAGGAAUCUAGUGUUACGAUUCCCUUCGAGAGAACUUUCCGCCGACAGGACAUCUCUACAAUGCCAGGCACUGAAAGCUAUCGGUUCUGCAACUGCGGAUGGCCCGACCACAUGCUCAUUCCACAAGGAUCGCCUCAUGGACUUCCUUACGACUUGUUUGUCAUGGUAUCCGACUACAAACAGGAUACUGUCAACGUUGAUUUCGAUGAAAACCUGGAUUGCAACGAUUCGCACUCGUACUGCGGCCUGCGGGAUAAAUUCUAUCCGGAUCGACGUGCUAUGGGCUUCCCGUUCGAUAGGACCGUACCGAAGGAAAUCACCCACAUGGAUGCCUUUGCGAGCUCCUUUUCCAACAUGAACCGGACGGUCGUUGAAAUUCGGUUCACCAACACUACCAUUUCCAAGGUUUGAUAGUGCGGAUUGGAUCAACGCUGGACAUAUUGUGUUACGACAAAUGUGGCAUGUUUCUUGGUUUACGAUUUUUGGAAAGAAUAAAAAAAUAUUUCAAGCAAAUACUCUG